AAAGGAACUGUUAGUGAUUGGGACAAUGGAAAUGCAAAUUAUAACGGAAUUUGGCACGUUUUUAAAAAUUUUUGAGGACGCCACAAAACACCUUCAAGGCCAAGAUUAUCCGACGAUAUCUUCGUGUAUUUAUUUUCAGGAAUCCAUUAUGUCCUCAUUGAAGAAAGAAGAAGAAAAAGCGUCUUUUGAACUAACAAUCAAUUUAUGCAAUUUCGCUGUGCAAAACUUUACGAAGCGAUUCAAAGUAUAUAGAAUGUAUGUUGUAGCUGCGCUUAUGGACCCAUGCCAAAAAAACUGGCCUGUUUUAGAUAAAUAUAUACUACAGAUACCCAAACAAUCGCCAAACUCCUUGGAACUUGUGCAUGAUGUUCUGUCUCCAAUUUCCAAGGAGAACUUGAUUAUGGAAGAAAUUGAAAAAUUAAAGGAAAUCGAUGACACAUUAUUAAAUGAGCCAUCAACGAGCACUGAACCAAAUGCAAAAAAACAGAAAAUAUCAGCUAGUCGUCAAAGAAUGUUGGAAUUUAUGGGACCAUCGCCUUCUAAUGUACAAAAUAACGUAGAGUUAGAAAUAAGAAAAUAUUUGGAAAUGAAAGUCGAGGCGGUUGAGCCUCUAGAUUGGUGGCGACAGAACAAACAAAUCUUUCCAAAUGUUGUUGCUGUAGCAAAUAUGUGCUUUGGAAUUCCAGCCACAUCAGCAUCUUCAGAGCAAGCAUUUUCAUAUGCCGGGAAUUGUGUAAAUGCAAAGAGAAGCAGCCUGCAUCCGGCAACAGUAAAGAAACAAUUGUUUGUUCACGAUAACAAGGCAGUCGUCGAACCAUUUUUAUCAAAUUAA